CAAAUUGGGAUUUAACUGCGAGACCAAACAACAAGAACAGUAAAAACCAGACACCGAGGCAUUGCCAGUUAGCACCAACCAUGCCACCCCGGAAACAACGGAUAUAGAGGCCGAUGCAGUAAUUUCUCACUUGGAUUGAAAAUCCUUGACUCCGCUACUUUCCUUUUCCUCCAUUUUUUUCUCUGGCAAAUCUCUCUCUCUCUGUCGAUCGAAUUAUUUUUUACCAGCUCAGACGAUGAAGUAAUUUAGUUCAACAGAUACCCAUCUCUCUUAUUUCUCCAGGUAUAUGUAUGUGGCACUUGCAUCAACUCAAUACUGUAAUUAGCUUGGAAUUUUUAGUUCAUCACGAGAUACAGAAGUCUUGAGUCUAUUAUCAUACUCGCCUGGCUGCUUGAUGGUUUUAUGUAUUCAAUUGUGAAGAAUGGAUCGUGAUUACAAAUCACAAUACAUGGGUGGCCAACGCGAGAAGUUUGUCAGGUUGGAUGACUUGGACUCUACAUUAUCAUCAUCUUCCGAUACUGGUGUGAAUAGAUGUGGAUUUGAUGUUGAGGGAUUUCGCCGUACUGCACACGCAAGAGAUGGAACGUCUAGAUCAUUUAAGAGAGGAAUGAGAAAGGGAUCUGAAGGACUUAAGUCGAUUGGUCGAUCACUUAGAUUUGGGGUUUCUCGGGGAGUGUUCCCAGAAGAUCUUAAAGUUUCAGAGAAGAAUAUAUUUGAUCCACAAGACAAAUUCCUCCUUUUUUGGAAUAGACUCUCUGUAAUAUCAUGUAUUUUGGCUGUCUCAGUGGAUCCCCUUUUUUAUUAUCUUCCUGUUGUUAAUCAAUCAUCAGAUUGCAUUGGUAUAGACCGAAAGUUGGCGAUCACAGUGACUACAUUGCGGACAAUUGUUGACACUUUCCAUCUUAUUCACAUGGCUCUCCAAUUCCGAACAGCUUACAUUGCCCCAUCCUCUCGGGUGUUUGGACGGGGUGAACUUGUGAUUGAUCCUGCACAAAUAGCCCGGCGAUACCUGCGGCGGUACUUUAUCGUUGAUUUUCUUUCCGUGCUACCCCUACCUCAGAUUGUGGUUUGGAGAUUUCUUCAGAUGUCAGAUGGUUCAGAUGUAAUGGCUACAAAACGGGCCCUGUUUUUCAUUGUCUUGCUUCAAUAUUUUCCCAGAUUUCUUCGAAUAUUACCUUUAACUUCAGAACUCAAAAGGACAGCAGGUGUCUUUGUUGAAACUGCUUGGGCAGGUGCUGCAUAUUACUUGCUAUUGUACAUGCUUGCUAGUCAUAUAGUUGGGGCAUUCUGGUACCUGUUAGCUAUAGAACGCAUUGAUGCAUGCUGGCAGGACGCUUGUCCUGAUAAUAAAAUUUGUAAAAGAUCCUUGUAUUGCAGCAAGCAAACCGUGGGACCAAGUUCAUGGCAUUCUCAGCUUAAUUCAAGUUGCUCAGUUGGUGAUAACUCGCAAUUUGAUUAUGGAAUCUUUGAAAAUGCUUUGUCAUCUGAAAUUGUCUCAUCCAUGAAGUUUGUCUCUAAAUACUGUUACUGUUUAUGGUGGGGGCUACAGAAUUUAAGUACACUUGGCCAGGGACUUCAAACCAGCACCUAUCCUGGGGAGGUUAUAUUUUCCAUAGCACUAGCCAUACUUGGACUCAUCCUCUUUGCGCUUCUGAUUGGCAACAUGCAGACCUAUCUUCAGUCGCUUACUAUUAGGCUAGAGGAGAUGAGGGUUAAAAGGCGUGACUCAGAACAGUGGAUGCAUCAUCGCUUGCUCCCACAGGAACUUAGGGAGCGGGUUAGACGUUAUGAUCAGUACAAGUGGUUGGAAACACGCGGUGUGGAUGAAGAGAGUUUGGUUCAGAGUCUACCAAAAGAUCUUAGAAGAGAUAUCAAGCGACAUCUCUGUCUUGCUUUAGUGAGGAGGGUUCCUCUAUUUGAGAACAUGGAUGAGAGGUUGCUUGAUGCCAUUUGUGAGCGACUUAAACCAUGUUUAUUCACAGAGAGUACUUACAUUGUCCGGGAAGGCGAUCCAGUUGAUGAGAUGCUCUUUAUCAUACGUGGUCGCCUUGAGAGUGUAACCACUGAUGGUGGUAGAAGUGGGUUUUUCAACCGUAGUUUUCUGAAAGAAGGUGAUUUCUGUGGGGAGGAGCUUCUGACCUGGGCACUGGAUCCCAAAUCAGGAUCUAACCUCCCAUCUUCUACACGGACAGUGAAAGCUAUAACAGAGGUUGAGGCUUUCGCCCUAAUUGCUGAAGAGUUAAAAUUUGUGGCAAGUCAAUUUAGGCGCCUUCACAGUAGACAGGUACAGCACACCUUCCGUUUCUAUUCACAGCAGUGGAGGACUUGGGCCGCAUGCUUUGUCCAAGCGGCAUGGCGUCGAUAUUCCAAGAGGAAGAAUAUGGAACUUCAGCGUAAGGAAGAAGAAGAAAAGGCAGAAAAGUUGGCAGGGACUGGCAACAUUGUUGGUGGUGGUUCAUAUAGUCUUGGUGCCACUUUCUUAGCUUCCAGGUUUGCAGCAAACGCAAUGCGUGGUGUUCAUCGAAAUCGGAAUGCAAAGACUGCUAGGGAAUUGAUAAAACUGCAGAAGCCUCCGGAGCCUGAUUUUGCUGUUGAUGAUACAGAUUGACUUGGGAUGCUUUAAUUGUGAUGUAAGAUAACGGCUGAAUUUUUUUUCCUACUUUGCGUAAAGGGACCGAGAACAAUCUAUUAUAAUGCAAGCAUUCAAUAUUUGAAAA